GAUGUCAAGAACGAGGUCAAGAAACCUAAGAAGAAGAAGGUCCUCCUCAUGGGCAAGAGCGGUUCGGGCAAGUCGAGUAUGCGCAGUAUAAUAUUCAGCAACUACAUAGCAAGGGACACGCGGAGACUGUGAGUAUACCCGACUGGUGCGCCUCCAGUACACGCCGCCCUUGUGUCACCCUUGUGUCGCGCUUCCCGUGCCAUUUUGGAGCCCGGGCUUCUUGAUGUUGUCGUCGGAUUUCCACGCUCAAUUGCUGACCGUUUACACACACAGCGGUGCAACAAUUGACAUAGACCUUUCCCAUGUUAAGUUCCUUGGCAACCUGACUCUGAACCUAUGGGAUUGUGGCGGUCAAGAGGCAUUCAUGGAGAACUACCUUUCACAACAACGAGUACACGUCUUUUCCAAUGUCGGCGUCCUUAUCUACGUUUUCGAUAUAGAGUCUCGCGAUGUGGACAGGGAUAUGGCCACGUACGUCUCGAUAAUGUCGGCACUCACACAAUAUUCGCCUGCUGCCAAGGUCUAUGUUCUCAUUCACAAGAUGGACCUCAUCAUGACACACGUUCGCGAGGCCGUCUUCAUGGAGAGGGUACGGCUAGUGCGGCAGAAGACUUCCGAGUUCAGACAGGGAUCUGGAUUCUCCGGAGAGCUGGAGGUGACUCCCUUUGCAACAUCAAUAUGGGAUCAAUCUCUGUACAAGGCGUGGGCAAGCAUAAUACACGACCUCGUGCCCAACCUGUCAGUCAUCGAGUCACAACUAGAAGCGUUAGGCAUAAUGAUUGAGGCUGAGGAGUUACUCUUGUUCGAGCGUACCAGUUUCUUGGUCGUCUCUAACUGGACAUCGGAAGAAGGUCAAAACAAUCCUACCACAGAUCGCCAAGAGCGCAUCUCCAACAUCCUGAAGCAUUUCAAGCAGAGCAUAAGUCGCUUUACAGGAACGCCCAGGAAUGCCGAGCAGUUUACGCUCAUGGAACACAAGGCUGGUGGUCGGUUCUCUAUCUUCUGUCUGAAGUUCACCACAAACACGUAUUUGAUGGUGAUACUUCCCCCUGGCGAGGCGCGAUUCAAUGCGGCCAAGUUGAAUUGUCAAAUCGCUCGUGAGAGCUUCAAGUUCCUCGACGGUCCCAUAUCUGUAUCCGCCCAGGGACAGGUAGCCACUUGAGGAGUCUGUCGGAGUCAUAUGUUGGCAUGCACAACUUCAUGCAUCUAAUCCCCACUGCUCGGAACGAUGCCGAUUAUGGUUGAGCUUGGUAGUACCUGUUCGGCUUAAAAGCUACUAAACCGGCUAGCAAUACCAAGGGCAAUUAUGGUCUGCGCGCAUGCCUCACUUAG